AUAUUUCUUUGUACUUGCUCUUUUUGGUUGGAUGCUAUGUGAAGGAAUUAUCAUUUACUUUCAACUCGUGAAAGUCUUCUCAGGAAUGGGUUUGGGAGGAAAACAUCUGAAGAGAUUCUAUGUUAUUGGUUGGGGUAAGCAACAUUGGAAUAAGAUUUAUAAACCGUCUAUCGCCUGAAAAUUCUUGGAUUAGUAUUAAUAUACUAUGAAGCAAAAUAAAGAAGUAUUAAAAUAGGUUAAACUAGAGCGUGCCUCAUACACCUCUCCAGCGAAAUCAACUUUUCAUACACAAAUAAUAGAUGCAUUAAUUACGUGUUCAGAUCUUUCAACCUGGUAAAGCAAAACAAAGAUGUAAUUGAUUUGUCUUUGCAUGGCCCCAGAGGUGGAUAACGUAUCGGAACUUGGGCAGUGCCUUUUUUAAGGAAUUUUCACUGCGUGGAGGGGGGGCAAAACAGGAAAAAAGGCAGAACGAAAAUUAUGAGCGUCGAGGUUUGGCGAACGCGCAAGUCUGAAGAGAGAUUUUGUAAAACUUUAAUUUAUUAACUUCACCUAUAUUUUACUUUAAACAAUAACUUCAACUCUUUGUAGCUAUAAUCGUACAGCUAUAACCAGUAGUGUAGCCAGACCUUAAUUUUUUUUGGGGGGGGCGAACCUCACCUCACGCCGAAGGCGUGAGACCGUCUAGGAGGGUCCGGAGGCAUGCACCCCUGGGAAAAUUUUAAAAUCUAGGGUCCCUGAAUUGCGAUUUCAAGCAUUUUGGGAGUGAAAUCUAGCAAAAUUCCGAAGAUUAUAAAGUACAUCGAAGACACGAAUUUUUCCAGACAUUUCUACUUGGAAUUAAAUAAAUUGGAAAAGUCACCUUGAAAAGUAGGAGGAGGGGUCAGUGUCACCUUAUUUCCUCUCUGUGACGCUGGGGGGGGGGGAGAAAAUCCCAAUGUGAUUUUGAUCAGAAAUGUUGCAUUUAAAUCAUUUUAGGUUCUAUGAGACACCAUUUCCGCAUUCUCAAAAUUGCGUUGCUUUUUCAUACGAUACAGAAUAAAUGUGAGAAGAAAUAUUCAUGCUAUGCAUGAUGAUGCAUACAUGUAUCUAACAGUUAAAAAUCUAAAAUAAAUCUAUUUUUCUUUGAACCGGCAUUUUAUCGGAUGGUUUGCAUGAAAUCUAUCGCUAUUAUGAAAUACUCGGUGAAGAACAAUAUGAAUUACACACAAGAUGGCUGUGGAGGAGGCUAUGGAAGGGCAUAAUCUCAUUAUCAAGUAAAUCAACUGCAAUUCCAACAGCAAUCAUGAGCAAUUCUGCUUCGCACUUCGGGGGCAGAAAUGCCUUUACUGGGGGGGGGGAUUCUUUCCCUGGGGGGCAAUUGCCCCCCCCCCCGAGAUAUAUAGUUAAAAAAGGCACUGAACUUGGGAAUCUAGUUCUUUGGGGAUCUACAUUUCUGCAGUAAUUUUCACAGACAUUUUUUGUUUGAUAGCUAACUCUUAGGAUUAUACUAAUUGAAGAAUAAUGCCUGAUUAUUGAAUUGAUUGAUUGCCUACUAGUUAAUCUACUAAGUCAAUGCCUAAAUUACAUUUUUGAAUUACUACGGCAGGCUACUGAGUUCAGAACAAUUCUGACCGUGUAUAGCCUGCAGCUGUAAUCUGUUUUUAAUCAUGUAAGACUGUAACUACUGUGACUUUAGGUUGUGUCAUGUAUGCCUUAUCGGUCUUAAUCUAAUAAUAAAUAUCAAUGCCCAGCAUAAUGUCCGUAUAAUCAGUAGCGUGAAAACAAUUAAUUUCUAAAGAAAUGAAUAAUGAUAAUAAUUUUGAAUUUGCAUAGCGGGACUAAAUUGUCGGGCUGGCUACGCCACUGCGUAUAAUAAUAGCCAUAACAAAGAGAAAUUUUCAUCAAUUUAAUGAUUUACAGAACUAACGUUUCGUCUUGCACUUAAGACAUCUUCAGAGUAAAGAAUGAUAUAAAAUUACAAAGUUAUAUAUGCAUGAAUAAAUUACAAUUAAUUACAGAGUAUAGAAUUACAAGUAUAAUCUAAUGAAGAAAGGGAGCGGAAGUAUGGAAAGGGGAUUAGAGUAGAAGAAGGGGGACUGAACUGCCUUGUACGUUCAGGGUAGGUUUAAGUUUGGAAAUGCGAAGGCUUUCAUGGAUCAUAAGCUCGUCAGAGGAAGAGCAAGAUGAAAGAAUUUUAAAGUCAUCAAGGGAAGCCGUAUGACCAGUAUUGUUUAGGUGUUGAAAAAUGCUGGUCAAUUUUGGGUUGCUGCUUUUGUUACCUGUUAGAGCAGAGAUACCUUACUUAAAUUAAGUGUUCAGAUACGCCUUUUUGCUUCACACGAUAACGCAUCUUAAUAAAUAUAAUUCACUAAAAAAGCUAAAAAAGCCAAAAAGGCAGUCCCAAAAAAUAAAGGAAUACCGAAUGGUUUUCCGUGCAGGAUUGCGUGAUCCAUGCACGAGGGAUGUUGCGAGACUUUCGGAAAGCGUAAAAAUGUAGGCGAGUGUAUUUUUACGCUUUCCGAAAGUCAAGCAACAUCCCAAGAGCAUGGAUCAUGCUAUCCUGCACGGGAAAACCAUUUGGUAAUUGUUUUAUAAAAUUACUACAGUGAAACGACGCUUAACUUGAUUGAAAUUACUGAUGAAAUGUGCAGUUCUCACAACAUUCGUGAAUUAACCAAUCAGAGAAUCGCUACUCCACGCUAUUGAAAACAACAACAUAUGUGAACAGAAUUUGAUCGCAAAUUCGCGAAAGUAUACAGCGAAAAUACAGGGACUUUUUCGAUAAAAUAUACGAAAUUUGAAAUGGAAAACCCGCUAAACAGAGAGCCAAAGUAGUUUUGAAUAUUCUCGACCUGAAUAUGUGAAGAUUGCGAAGCGUUUGAUCAACUUUGAAGCGAGAGAUGUUGUACUUGCAUGCCAUGGUCGGAUGAAUUUCAACGCUUACGCGUUGCUACUUGCUGAAUAGCAAUGUAUCGAUCAGAAAUUUAUUCAUACAACUAAACCAACUCUCAAUAAUUGGAAACUUACUUCAAAGUCGAAAGGUAUCGUACAAUGAAACUUUACAAUGCGAGUAUAUUUGUAAAAUUAUAUGCAAUAAUUUCUGUUCAGAAUUUUCCGUGCAGGAUUGUCUGAUCCUGCACGGCUGUUGACCAAUCAAAUUGCGUGUUUCACUGUAGUUAUUAUAUAAUACUUUUUUCCCUAUUUACUGUAAUCGUUUGCAGAAAGUUUUAAGCCCUACACCCAUGUUCACAGAAAGAAGGAACAUUUUCCGCUUCUGCUUUGGCUUAUUCACGUAAAAACGCACACGUACGUAGCAAACCUGCAGCAGACUUGUAGUAAUGCUGCAACUGAACUUGUCAACAGGAUGUGUUCGCACUGCUUGUCCCAGCUUGUUGACAAAUUGCCAACGGUUUGUUGGAAACUUGCUACAAAGUUGUCAAGCUAACAGACGUGUUAAAAGUUGUUCCAACAACUUGUUAUGGUCCUGCAAUCAGUCAAUAAUUUGUUCACAAGUUGUGAGUGACAACCGUGUAGAAACUUCAUAAAAUAACAACAUUGUUACAACUUUGUUGACAAGCUUGCUACUUGACGAGUUGUGAGAUUUUUACGUGUGCACGACUAUUAUAAGUUCGACUCGCACUGCACGUAUAAGAAUGACUAGUAUUCACCCCCCACUUUACUUAAAGAAAUGUCGCUAUCAAUUUCUAUUUAGGUAUCCCAGUUGUUGUCGUGUCGGUGUUGGUUGGAGUAAAUGAUCGAGAGGAUUUUAUAACCGAUGAUGCAUGUUGGUGCGGUGGUGAUGGUGUGUUGUUCUGGGUUUUUGUUGGUACCUUAGGUCUAAUCAUACUGGUAAGCUUAUUUUUCAAACGUCAUUACAAUUUUUAGCGCGGUAGAGCUAAGUAUACAAAUGUAGCGAGCUCUACAGGUACAGCGGUGGUCCCAUAUAACGAACACCUUGGGACCGAAACUUGUUGUUCAUCGUUUGGGGGUCUCCCCGCUAUUUAGAGAUUUAGUGUGAUCGCGUUUUGCCAACAAAACGUCGUUUUGGGACAUACCUGUACAUUUGCUUUGAUGAUCGUGUUGGAAAACGCCUUAAUUAAAAAGAAUAACACGUUCCUGUGUUUAACGUUCAACCACAAAUGCCUCAAAAAAGAAGGGGAAAACUGAGAUGAACUGCUUAAUUUGUAGUAUAUUAUCUUUGCUUGCAUACGGGGCCGAUUCUUUUUGAGUGUGUUACUCUAAAGUUUGCCCAAUAAAUUGAAUUUAAUAUAGUUUGUGCUAAAUUUGCCCAACUUAUGAUUACUUAUCUUGACUUUUAUCAGCAUUUCGCCGUCUUGACUCUUGACAAUUACUGUCUUGACAAUUGCUAAAUAAUUUUUGGGAACAGCAAUUGCCUACCCUGCCCUUGUCUCGUACGUAAUUAUCUCGUACGCAAUGUUUAUCUUGAGUUACUUUUUUCAGGUCAAUUUGGUCAUCUUUAUUCUAGCCUUAAGAAAUACUUUAUCCAACUGCGAAGUUACUUCAACCAGUACACAAGGCAGCGAAACAACUACCAAGGCAACGGUUUGUACCAAGUUAAGAAAAGCAAGAAUUGGUCUCAAAGGUUCAGCUGUACUACUGCCAAUACUUGGACUCACUUGGGUGUUUGGUUUACUGGUUUUCAAUCGAGAUACAACUGUGUUUAAAUAUUUAUUCGCCAUCUUUAACUCUCUACAAGGACUGAUGAUAUUUGUUUUUCAUGCAUUGCUUAUAAAUAGAAAGGUAUGCUUUUGGAACAUUUUUAUAUAAUUAUUUCGUUCCAAGUAAAAAGAACCCUGACAAGAAUCUACUUCGUUACAUGCCUAUUUCCCAAUAUUUAUAGUGAACUUAAGCAAAACUUAAUCUAGUACAGGGACGUGUCAAGAAACCGCCUUAAAUUUUACACUUUUAAUAAUUAUAAAGAACUGCUGUCUACCGUUAUUAAUAACUUUAACAAGCAGGACGAAAGUGCAACGAGAACAACUAAUAAUAUCAUAUUAAUGCAAACAAAAUGAGCAGAAAAUAAUAAUUAAUAUUAUACCUCAAAUUCAAAUUGUCCAAUGAAAAAACAGCAUUUGUACCACGUGAUAAUGUGAUUUUUUACGGUAUUUCACUCAAAUUCAUUAUUUCGCAAUCCAGCGUGGGAUACUAUAAUAUCCCACGGCAGAUCCACCGUGGGAUAUUAUAGUAUCCCACGCUCACGCGUGACGCGUGGACACCACGCUCUGAAACAAUAUCUCUGUGACAAUAUGGCGUUCGCGAGCUGUUGUUUGUAAUUUCGUAUUUUCGUACAGAAUAUUUGAUUAACAAAACAUUUUCAAGACACAUUUUGCCUUUUAUGAUCCAAAGGAUACAUGCUUAAAUAUUUAAAGAGGAAACGUCGAAAACUCAGGUAUACAUAAGAAAUUAAAAAUUGUAUUCGCGUAGUUUAAUAAUAUUCAGCAAGUUUUAAAGUUUAUUCUGAACUUAGUGAGUUCUUUAACUUUCGGUAUAAUAUAUCAUUUAUAGACCCUCCGCUCGGGGGAUUCGGCGUAAUAUUUCCCUCAGUGAUGUUAUUUUCCUCCUCCCCUCGGAAAAUAUCAUCACUAGCUUCGGGAAAUAUUACGCCGAAUCCCCCUCGCUCCGGGUCUAUAAAUGAUAAAAAUCCCACGGACGUUUUAGACAUCACCGUAGCUCUGUUUUACAACGGCAAAAUACAGAUCACGUCUUGUAUAGAACGAUCACAGUUCAAGCUCAGAAAAUUGCUAUUUUAAGGUGGCUCCCUAGGGUUUUAUUUCCGGGGGUUACGUUCUUCGUAUAUAUGUAAACUAAAACUCGUGUGACUUUAAAAUACGAACGACCGUAUAUGGAACUCUUUUUUGAAACAAAAGUGUGAACUUUGCUUUAGUUGAAACCAUAAAAAGAGUUCUAAAAGCUAAAACGAUACUUGGAUGUGAUGUUUCAAAAGAAGAUAAUGUAAACUUGUUUUUUUUUCAAGCGGUAUUCUGGAAGUUUUUUGAACCGCCGUACGCGAGGUUCGAUCGCGAACAUUGGGAUAUGAUAUAAAGUUUCCUCAAGAAUUUGCAGUGUUUUCUCCACAAUCUAGCAGCACUUAUGACAAUAAAGAUGACUUAAAUAAUGAGCUUUGAAAUUUGAACGGGCAUUUUGCGAAAACAUCCGACGAUAGACAUGGGCGUACCGGGCGGGGGGCGGGGGGAGGGGGGGGGGGCGGCAGCCCCCCCAGUUUGUUGGGCAAACAAGACCAGUCGGGCAAUAUUCGCUUCACAGUUGGGUAAAUGAUUGUCGUACACUAGGGUGAUUAAAGGUGUAUUAUAAAAAUAAGUCUUCUCAAUAUUGACAAUAUUGCUCAUUUUUAGACUUCGUACGUGGUGUUUCACGUGCGUUUUUCCUGAUCGGAAGUAAAUAUGGGGCAGUUUAUACACUGUCCCAUAUUUUACUUCCGGUCUGGAAAAACGCACGUGAAACGCGACGAUUAAAAUUAGUCUGAGCUUGACAUUUUACAUGUUUACAUUUUUUCUUUACCGUUUGAUUGUUGAGUUUAGCAAAACAUAUAACUGAUUACAACAGUAUAGGCAGGUAGGUCGUACGUAAGCAAAUACUUAAAUAUAUGAAUAAUAACAUGAUUAUAUUUUAUAUAUACAUGCUAAAAUAUAUUGAAAUAUAAAAACUGAGCGGCAUUGUUGUGUAAUUGUGCAUUUGUGCAUUAUGACUUCCUGGAUUUAAUAUAAACCGUGAAGAAUACGAUUUUUCAUUAUAUCCGAAUUUGCACCGUAAUAUUUAGGUUUACUUUUGCUCUAUAUGACUCGAUAAAAUUAGCUUAGACGGAGUUAUACGCCAGGACGGAAAAUCGAAAGACAUACAUUACAGUAUGUCUUUGUUGUAUUUAAGGCUAUGCCUACAGGACAUUUCCUGUGGCGUUCUGCGGAGAAUGCAGCUAAAAUAGUUGUUUUAAUUUAAAAAAACGUGUUCGUCUUUGUUUAAUUUUGGAUAUUUAGUGUAUAAUGUAUAUUAUGAGCGAUUCAGGCAAAAUAAUUUGAAAUAUAUUAUAGUAAUCAAACAAGUCAAUAUAUGAAUAUAUCUGACGAACGGCGAAAUAAUCGGCUUUGACCUUUGUACAAUUUAUACAAAGGUCAAAGCCGAACAAGUUUUUAAAACAACUAUAUAGCUGUACAAAAAUGUUAUUUUCGAAAAUAUAUCUUAAAACCGACAGGAUUAGGAGAACAACUCAAAGACGUGAAGGUACCGAGUUCUUAAACUUUCCGAAACCUGAAUAAUUCUUAGAUUAUUUUAUUGUUUAUUAAUUUGACAACUUUAUUAUAUUCUGCAUGCCCUGGGCCGUGGCGAACAUUUGGUGAAAAUGUAGCUAUGGUAUAAUAAAUGUAUAAUAGCAUCAUAUAGAGAUUUUCCGCGGGAAACCACAAAAGGUGCACUGUUACAUUAUCCGGUUAACCCGUACCUCGUCGUUCGUUCAACUUUACUAACUUUUACGCAAUAUGCACUAGUACGCAGUAGUAGACUGGUAUAGUUAGCACUUUUCCAUGCAUGCUCUACAUUUGAUUUCAGGAUUCUCAGAUCUUAACGAGUUUCAGUCAUGUGGACGACCGUCGACCGAAGAUCACUUUAAAUUAACCAGUAUCUUAAACUAGUCAUGUAACUGUCUUAAUAUGUCAUCUACACCUUGUACUCGUAAACGACGUUAUCGUCAAUAUCGGAUAAAAUGCGACGAGUGCCAGAGCGAAAUGAACACAGACUACCGAGAUAUUCAUACGAAAAAUGCACACAACGGCAAGAAAAUCAAGUUCAGUCCAGUGGUAGAACCUUCACAGAUUCAGUUACACAGUUUUUUCACAAGAACAGGCACAUCGACGCGUGGAAGUGACGUCAGCGAGGAUACUGUUGAGGAAGACAGUAAUCGUUUCUCCAAAGACUGUACCGCUUUACCAGAGAAGUCUAUCGAGAUCUAAUCGAUAUCCCACCCAAGUGUAAUUCACAAGCCAGUCACAGAGCUUAGAGACAAAUCCAAGACAAGCAAUGCAAACAUAGACCAGAACCAAGCCGGACAAUCGGAUCUAUUAGCAACAGCAACAGAACAGCAACAGCAACGGAUUGACGAAUUAAAAAUCCUUGACCAAGAAAUGGUUUGUGUACCACCUGCGGGAACAAGUAUGGUGUCCGGCAAUCCUGACACUGAUAAUUUUAAGUUUGAGAGUGACAUAACUGAAAAACCACUUGUGUUUAACACCGAUACAUCGUCAGCAGCUACCUCCACAGCUACUUCCACAGCUACCUCCACAACUACCUCCACAGCUACCUCCAGGGCGCCAAAUCAUCCAAUUCAAUCAAAAUAUCCAACGAGAACAUUUGGAAAUGAAACCUUCACACGAAAAUUCAAUACCGAAUGGUACAAGAAAUAUCCAUGGAUAAGCUAUGAAACUAAAGAAGACAAGUGUGUAUGCUUUCCUUGUAGAGAAUUUGAAAAGGACGAUUCGUUUGUGUUUAACAAUUGGAAGAAACCAGAGAAGCUAUCUAAACAUGGGAAAUCUCAGAAGCAUAUCACGUCGAUGACCAAGUGGGCAUUGGCUAAGGCCAACCACAAGAUGAACACAUCCGUUCUAAAGCAAAUAGACAGUGCUCAUAAGCAAUAUGUUUUCAGGAAUCGACAAUACCUCCAAGUAAUAAUCGAGUGUCUGAUGUAUAACGUUCAGCAAAACGUUGCCAUAAGAGGACAUGAGGAAGAUAGAAAACAUAUUUGGGAGGUCUCUGAUAUUAACAGAGGGAAUUUCCUUGAGCAGCUUCAUUUUAGAUGUAAGGAUUUGCCAUGGCUAAAAACGAAGCUCCAAACUCAUCAUGAAGAGCAUAUCCAGUGGACAUCGCCAAAAGUACAGAACGAGCUCAUUGAAAUCGUGUCGAGCUUGGUGCUACAGAGGAUUACACGUGAUGUCAAAAGCAGUGGCCAUUACAGUGUCAUUGUUGACGAGACAUCAGACAUAAGCAGAACGGAGCAAGUAUCUCUUUGUCUUCGAUACGUCGUCGAAGGAGAAACACGAGAGACAUUUGCCGGAUUUUUUGCGACUGAAUCAACCGAAGGUGAGGUCCUAUAUGAGCUCGUGAAGGAAUCGAUCACAAAUCUCAACUUGCUGUUAACCGAUAUUGUUGGAGAAUGCUUUGAUGGUGCGGCGAAUAUGAGUGGCUGUCAUAAGGGCGUAGCAUCGCGAAUGAAAGAAUGUUCACCACUUGCUCUAUAUGUCCAUUGCUAUGCUCACCGUCUUAACCUCGCUCUUCAGGAUACAAUGACCAGUAUCGAGCCAAUUCGUAACGCUCUUGGGACAAUACAGAGUCUGUAUAAUCUUAUCGAAGCAAGCCCAAAGCGCCACAGUAUAUUUCAGAACAUCCAGGUGGAAGAAGAACAUUCCGAUCUAACCCUCAAAUCCAUGAGUGUGACCAGGUGGUCGUGUCGCUGGCAGGCAGUUAAGGCAGUGUUUGAGCAAAUGCCGAGAAUUAUUAGAGCUUUGCUUAGUUUGUCGUCGGAUCGUGAUGUGAAGACGUAUACUGAUAGCAAUAACCUGCUUAAUGCAAUUUGUGAUUUUAAAUUUGUAUUUGGUUUAGUAGUGCUCAGAGUAAUCCUUUCCAACACUGAUAGCCUUAGUAAAUAUCUGCAAGGCAAGAAUGUUGAUGUGAUCACCGCUAAGGAGACCGCCGACGGUACAAUGGAAGCAUUGACCAAGUGCCGGAAUGAAGAAUCUUUCCAGAUGGCGUGGUCCAGAGCUAAGAUCCUGUCGCAAACGAUAAAAAGGGAAAUUAAUGGAACCACGUUUUCCUUUAAAGAUGCCACAGCACCAAGAUGCAGACAGCCAUCGCGUCGGUUACAGGCUCUUGUUGGAGAACAAUUCAGUGAUGGCUUACCAUCACAACCAAGCGCCGAAAGUCAUUACCGCGUCACAACGUAUUACCCAACAUUCGAUAAAGUUCUCCUCGAGAUGAAAUCACGAUUUCAGAGUCAUGAUCAAGACAUCUUAUGCGCCCUGGCUGAAGUUGUUUCUAAGACUAAUACUUCAACGGAAAGUCUAGCAUUGGUCUCUUCUUUCUACGGAUUAGACAUGGAGAUACUUACAGCUGAAAAAGAAAUCUUCCAGAAUUUUUUGGAGAAGAACCCAGCAGAGAUAAAACAUGCGUCUUCCGUCAUCAAAUUCAUGUUUCAAAAUGGGCUUCAUGAAGUUUUACCAGUGCUCUAUAAGGUGUGUUCAAUUUUGACAACAAUUCCAGCCACAUCAUGCUCAGCCGAAAGAUCUUUCAGUGAUUUACGCCGCAUAAAGACCUACCUUCGCUCCACGAUGCGCCAAGACCGUUUGAGCAGCCUAGCACUUAUUUGCAUUGAACGUGCCUACGCAAACAGAACACUUGAGAAUGACAUGGAAAACAUUAUUGACAUUUUCGGCAAGAGGAAAAAGAGAAAUUCGUAUUUCUUUUGACAAUUGAGAUUAGUCUAUUUUGUACGGACUACGAAUAUUACCUCCGGAUAACAUUUUCAGUUAAACUUUAGUUAGUAAGUCUUUUUUAUAUUAGGUGUUAAUCAAUAUACUGUAAGCCCAAUGAUAUCUUAGACGAUGUGGACUUGUCGUUGUUGUCUAUGACAACUUUACUUAUAGUCACGAUAAAAAGGGAAAUUAAUGGAACCACGUUUUCCUUUAAAGAUGCCACAGCACCAAGAUGCAGACAGCCAUCGCGGAUAUAUAUAUUACAUGAUAAAUUAACUUGUGAAUGUAUUAUGUAUACGCAUUAAUUAAAUUUAACGUGAAUAUGAGUAUCAAUUACAAAAUAAAAGUCGGGCGAUCUUCUAGAUAGUCGGGCAAAUUGCCGACCGCCCCCCUGAAAAAUGUUGGCCGGUACGCCCAUGACGAUAGACGAUAGUAUUAACUCGCACGGGACGAAUUUUCAGUUGACAAACAUUUUUCAAAUUAAUACCAAGAAGUCAUAACCAGUAAUUACCUAAAUAUCUUUGCCAAUUUUACAUGUAUUAUCCACGCUUAGUUGACCAUUAACCGACACAGUUAUAAACAGUAUAUCAAACAUAAUUUAUAUUUUGUGAUUUCAAAAAAGUCAUGCCUUGUUGUUUUAUGCAGAAUGCAUGUACACGUCAGUUGGGGUAUUAAAUUGUUCGCGUAAGAAUCUAGUAAAAAUUGCCAAAAUUAAACCCAAAUUUCUCUGUUUUCCUUCGGUAAAAUGCUUUAAAACUUUGCACAUUUUUUAAUAUCGGCACAACAAGUGCAAUAUCCUUUUUUCUUAAAAUUAAAUCGAAGGGAAAAUUUUUAAUAUUGAUUUUUGACGUUUUUUAAAUUUUCUAAGAAACGUAUCGAUUUAAUUUUUUUAAAUUGAGGGGAAAAAAUCACUAUACAAGUAUUAUCUUUUAUGCAAAGUUUUAAAAAAUUUCACCGAAGGGAAUUUUUAAAAUGACCUGAAAAAGAUAAAUUUUGAGCUUUAUUCUAAGCAUGCUGUUGCCAUGACAACAUAUUUUUAACACAAAAGUAGCAAUUUGCAAUGUUCAGGAGAACAUUGUCAAUGUGUCCAAUAAAUUUCGUUUUCAUGUCAUGUAAAGUAAAGAAACAGGAGUCUCCUGAAUACUAUAGUGUAGUAAAUUAAAAAACCCUAGGGAGCCACCUUAAAUUGGGUCCUAGAACUUUUCUCAAUCAUAAACCCUGUGUUAAUCUUAAUCUUUAAAUUGUAUUAGUUUCAUACGACGGGUAACAUGCGGCAUGCAGGUUUCCUUCUGCAAUCAUUUGGUCCAAUGAGUUUGUUUGCCGUUGCCGUCGCGUUCUCGUCUUACAUGCUUAAGCUCGCUAAUAAUACUCAUUAGUACAUUAACAAAGUCCAUUUACUUCGUCACAAGCCGCCACUGGUCUGGGGGUUGUAUUUAUGAGUUUUUGUGACUUGAUUUUCUGCAUUUUUAGACACAACACUUUUAUCUUUUCCAUCCACUAGACAAGUUUUCUUUAAUUUUAAGGGGAAGGAGGGGGACAAAUAUGGGGGCAGGGGGUACAUACUUGAUACUUCUAAGAAUGAAACAUAUACUAUGUUUUCUUUAUAGAUGCACGAAGCAAGCAGCAGAGAAAGUGAAGCCCGCAAAGCGGGGCCAACUACCAAUACCAUGGCAGAUAUCACAUGUAAGUAUGAAACCAGACCUUUCGAGGAACGUAGAGUGAUUCUUACACUUAGCGGGGGGGGGGGAUUUUUAAACUUUGUAGCCCAUAGAUCGUCGGAAAUGGCAUUCUCAGACACUUCUCUACAUUUUUCGUUUGGCCUCCUUAUAAAUUAUUUCAUUAUACGCUACGCUAUACGUGAGUCAGAAUGGAUUAUUAUUAGUAAUUGGCCAAUCAGCGCAAUUCAAUUAUUUUGGGGGGGGAGGGGAAGCUAUUCCGGUCCCCUUUAUAAAAUAUUGGGUCGACGAAGUCGCGGGAAACAUUGCGAUUUGAGGGGAACAAGACUAACUCUUUCCCGAGAGAACAGACAUUAAGUGUUUUCUUGUAAUUAUAGCGACAAAAGAAAAAUCAACAACAUCCAUACAACAAUCGUAUAAUCGUAUAUGAUGACAAAAAUGUAGUGUUAACGAGUUUAAAAUUAAAAGAACCUACUUGAACGGUUUCAGCGGCAUAUCCUGUUGCCGGAUGUGUAUUUUCCUUCUCUUUUACAUUCUUUAUUUUAACACUAACUCGGAAAAUCCUAGUUUAUAAACUUGCGAGUUGCAUGCCGCCAUUUUGUUUAUUUAUGUACGUGUCCGGUUGGGACUUUUUGCCCGGCGGGAUACAUUGCAUUUAUCAAAAGCCAGGUGAGCAAAAUUCAGUCAAUCACGUUAGGUGUUCACCCUAGCUAUAUAACAAUAUAACUAGCUAUAUAUUAAUUUUAUACCACUUCAUUGUUUAUUACAGCGCACCUACCUGGUAACGUUACGAAACUUCUUUAUAUUAUUGUCCAAAUAGUAGCCUAUCCACUCAGAGAUUUCCGAUCGCAGUUCGGAAAUGCACCUCAAAGCUAUAUUUUUUAUUAUAGAGCAAUUUCUGAUUAAUAUUGAAACUAUAGUCUAUACCGGCGCCAACAAAUCACGGCUAUUUUUAUAAUCUGAAUGCAAAUCCAAGCAUUUCACCAGUCACGAGUGCCGAACUUCAUCCGACUGGGUAGGCUGCUCUUGUUACACACAUCGCAAAAAUUGCGAAGAUCGAAAACUUGCUGUUAAAAAAUCAUUUAGGGAAAGGUUUAUCUAUGUUAUUUCUUUACUAGAAAAUACAUGCAUGCAGAAACCCUCGCCUUGCUGACAAAACCAUUGUAUUUUCCGAACAUGAAGUAUCUAAAGUAGUUGUCAUGGUAACAUGAUAAUUUUUUAAGAAUAUUCUUACAAAUGAAAAAUCGCCUAAAAUAUUACUUUUAAUUACAAAAUUAUUAAUUUCCCAACAUAUAUAUGUUAGGUAUGUUAUUAUACGUAAUAUAAGCCUCAAUUUAAGGUAAAAUUCAACCACAAACGCUUCGCAAAACGUUUUAAAGUCGUGUUCUUUAUAAAACUAAACUGCCUUUUAGAAUGGCUUUAUCGAUAAACUUUGAGUUUGCAAUAAAGUUAUUUAAAAUUCUCGCUUGCAAAUAACUUUGCUUUAUUUUUUAUUUAAAAAAUUCAAUAUCAUAAAAAAGGGAAUCAAUAUUAAAGAUACACUGAAAUUAUAUGCUGUCUAUACGCAAAGGCCGUCGCGUUUUAACUCCAUUAUAAAAUCAAUAUUUAAAAUAAACUUACCUUCGUAACUUAGCCGAUUCUUUCGCAAUUUCUUUCUCAGAGAGCUUUUGAAAUUUACAAAAUCUUGCAAAAAUGCGAGCAAAAAUGGAGUAUAUUUGCAAGAAAUUUAUCAAUCAUCAAAUCAACUCAAGAAAUGUUUGCUAUUUCGCUGUCGUCAUGCAGUUGUUAUAAUGCAAACUUUAAAUUGGACCAAUCAGUGUCCGCUAUUCGUGACAGUCCGCCAUGUUUUUGAGAUCAGUGAGGAUGACUACCCACCCAACACCGUUGGUCACCCACGCCCGCGAUGUUUGAUGAACUUUAGAUCCGCUAAUACUUUCGUUUCCCCGGGUGUAAAUAGCCGGGGGGGGAUGAGUACCCUCGCACGGCGCUUCGCGCCGGCGCCUCGGGGACUAGAUAUCUUUGUUCGUCUAAGAGAAUACUAAACACGUUGUAAAUAAUCAAGUUAUGUCGAAACGGUUAAAUCAGAAGCAUUCUAAGAAAUCACGUGACAGGUGAUUCAACACUUCUACCAUAUUACUUUAUCUAUUAUUUAAUAUUGUUUGUGAUGUUACUCUGAGUGUACAUCCACAUUGGGCGAGCUUGAAAAAUAUGCCCGGCCACCGUGCGAAUCGAACCUACGACCUUUGGAAUACUAGCCCAAUGCUCUGCCAACUGACCUACGUGGCCAGGUCGGUUCGAGUAUGUGAUAUUUCGGAACAGAAUCUAGUUCCUUCGACACCAAUGUAAUCUAGUAAUAUGAUUUUUUCUGUGUUGGUGUAGUGUACUCAGGUGAAUAUAAUGUUUGUGAUGUUAAUCUGAGUGUAUAUCCACACCGGGCGAGCUUGUAAAAUAUGCCCGGCCACGGUGCGAAUCGAACCUACGACCUUUGGAAUACUGGCCCAAUGCUCUGCCAACUGAGCUACGCGGUCAUCACUUACUGGAACCGACCGGACCACGUAGCUCAAUUGGCAGAGCAUUGGGCUAGUAUUCCAAAGGUCGUAGGUUCGAUUCCCACCGUGGCCGGGCAUAUUUUUCAAGCUCGCCCGGUGUGGAUAUACACUCAGAGUAACAUUACAAACAUUAUAUUCACCUGAGUACACUACACCAACACAGAAAAAAUCAUAUUAUUUAAUAAUUAUGCUAUUACCUCAUACGCGCCUGCAUUACUUACCUGUUGACGAUUCUAUAGUACUUCAUGUGGAUAAUAUUUUUUGCUCUUUCUCCAUACAUAUCGACAUUCCUGCGAAGAAUUUAUGCAAAUAUUUCAAAGUGAGUUUAUUAUUUUGAUUAUUUUACACUUGUCACUGACCGUAGUUGAGCUCUCUGCGGCUAUAUCUGAAGAAAUACAGACGAAAAUAAUUUUGAACUGCCAAUCAGAAAUAAAAUUUCAAAUGAGAUUGUACACUGUAUUUUUAUUUCAUUUCAAUUUAAUAGAGAUAUUGUUUACAGAAUAUAACUGAAUGAAUACUCGUGACUUUAAUAAUUCGCCGCUCAAUUAAUAUUGCUUAACACAGGAUUCGCUUAAGGUGGAUCAAUACUGUUUUUUAUACAAUGGAAGAUUCGCGAUUUAGAUCCGUACUUUUGGACAAGUUUUAUCAUGACAUCUUACUUAAUAUGUAAAACAAUAUUAAAGAGCUUGAAAUUUUUCACAAAGUUUGUACGCAACUGUCAUUGCAAUGGCAACAGUGACGUUUGAAGAUGGCAAAUUUUGGCUUUAAAGUAAUUUAACUCGUAAACGACAUCGGUGACCCCUAAAUUUUAUUUCAUGAAAUGAUUAUUGAGCCACUUUAAUACAUGCAGGUUCGACUGUAUGCGUUUUUGAACUAACAACUGUUAAUAAGUUGAUGCUUACUUUUUCAUUCUUGUGUAGAUCUUACUUCUUUAACUAAUGAAGAGACCACCGGAAAAUCCAGAAUUCCAGUUCCAAAAGACAUCACAGCAUUCUGACCACCAAACGUAAGGAUAGAUUGGUAGCUACACGAUCGGAAAUUGCGGUCAUAAAUUAAUCAAGCUAAAAUGAGCUAACUCAUCUUAAUAGAGCAUGCGUAGAUUAAAGUACUGAAUAUUAGUGAGGCAACUACUUAGGCUAAUUACUUCAAGAUUGGUAAAGUUAUUGGGUAUAAUUUUGAGGUUAACAA